CAGGGUUCGGAGGCAGGAUCUGGGUUGCAGCCCGGCCGGGGGGCGCUGGUCUGCGGUCAGUAACCCCGCACGGCCUCUUAGGCCGGCAUGGGGAGGGACACGACCUUCGGCUGGGGCCUAGGUGCAGGGAGGCGGAGAGUGUCCGCUUCCUGCCUCUGGACCUGUGGUCAUUAAAGAUCCAGCCCACCAGUCACACAUCUGACCCAUGGAAGGAUAUCUGCCCCCACAUUCGCCCUGGGGAGCAGAGCUAGCCUCUGUCCUGCUACUGUCUCAGGCCAGACUUAAGGCAGCCAGGGAUCCUGGAUGCAUAGUUCAUCCCUACUUUUUUCUCAGUUCUGAGAACUUUAUUUUGGUUGGAGAGACGGCCCAGAAUUCACUGGUGGGUCUGUGAGAAACUGGGUAGAAGGUCUCUGGCUCAGCUGAUGAGUGAAUGGACCUGAGAAGGAAGGGGAUGAUAUCUAUUUCAGUCUCAAACUGGGUGCCCGCCCUGCCUGGCUCUGGGGCAGGCUUGCUGCUGAAAGGGUAAUGUGACAUCUGGAUACCCGCUUCACCUCAGCUUUUUCAGGCCCCUCUGCUUUGAACACCAGCUGGAGAGAGGAAUCUGUCUUGGGAUGUAGGGAAAAAUCCAAGCAGUGCAUGGGAGCAGGUUCAGAGGAGGGCAGGAGCUGGCAGGCAGGUGGGGCAUCUUAGCCACAAGACCUUGCCUGGGCAGUGGUAGCACCUGGGCUGGGCCUAUUUUCAGCCACAGAGCCUGGUCUUCCUGCUGCUUGAUUGUGUCUUUCUGUCCUGCCUUCCUCCUCCACCUCCUACUUCUCGGGUGGUGACUAAGCAGCCAGUGAGAGCGAAGGAAAAGUGAGCACCCUGUGGGCUGGAGCCUUGGCUCCUCUCCAGAUUGGUAGAGGAGCCUGGCCCCAGACUGUGGCUGCUUUGACCUGGUGUCUCCUCAUUGAGGCUUCCGUGUUUGCAGAUCUGUGUAGCAGGCAUCUAUGGGGCUCAGCCAGAAAUGGUUGCUGCUACUUGCAUUAUUUAUUUCCCCUUCAGAAUAGUCUGAGUGUAUCCACGGCUACAUCAGGUGGUAAAGAGAUAUUGCUCUGUAGGGUUAGGAACCUGUGGUUGCUGAGCCCUGGCUGUAACCAAGGAGCAAAUUGUUGGGCCUUGGUAGUGAUUCCUGGUCCCUCCUCAUUAGGCUGUCACUUCCUUGCUGGAGAAUUUGGCCACAAAGAGUUGCCAAGAUAGCUGGGCCAGGAAGAAAGCGCCGUAGCCCUGACCCAGACGCCGUUGCCGACCCCGGGGCACUCUGGCUGUCAACCAAGCGGCUAAAGAUGUCUGGUGGGUCCAGUGCCAGGAGAGGGCCCCCAGGACUGGAGGAGGCCACUAGUAAGAAGAAGCAGAAGGAUCGAGCAAACCAGGAGAGCAAGGAUGGAGAUCCUAGGAGAGGUGGGUCAGUGUCCACUCCUCGGGAGGAGCAGACCAAAGAGGAGUUGUUGCUUGAUUGGAAGCAGAGUGCAGAUGAGGUGAUUGUCAAGCUGCGUGUGGGAGUGGUUCCCCUGCGGCUGGAGGAGGUGGAUGCUGCUUUCACAGACACAGACUGUAUGGUGCGGCUUCCAGGUGGUCGGCAGUGGGGUGGUGUUUUCUAUGCUGAGAUAGAAAGUUCUUGCACUAAAGUGCAGGCUCGCAAAGGUGGCCUCCUGCAGCUGGCACUGCCCAAGAAGGUGCCUCUGCUCACAUGGCCCUCUCUCUUGAAGAAACCCCUAGGGACCCAGGAGUUGGUGCCAGGGCUUCAGUCCCAGGAGAAUGGGCAGGAGUCAUCUCCCAUUGCCCUGGAGCCAGCCCCUGAGCCCCGCCGGGCAAAGCAGGAGGCCCGGAACCAGAAGCGGGCCCAGGGUCGUGGUGAGGUAGGGGCAGGGGCUGGCCCCGGGGCCCAGGCAGGGCCCAGUGCCAAGAGGGCUGUGCAUCUCCGAAGAGGGCAAGAGGGGGAAGGGUCCAGAGAUGGCCCUGGACCCCAGGGCGAUGCCCCCCCUUUUCUGGCUGAGCCAGCCACCCAGGCUGAGGCUGAGGAACAGCUCCGGGUACCACCGCUGAAGCACCAGACCUGCCUCCUGAGCUCAGAGGAGAAUCUAGCACUUUUGGCAGGAGAGAAGGCAGUGUCCCCCAGGAAUGACCCAGUCUCUCCAGCUAUGACCCGGAACAGAGACCCUGAGAAAGGUGACCGGUCCAAAGAGGAGAUGGCAGUGGCAGCAGAUGCUGCAUCCUUGGUGGAUGAGCCGGAAUCCAUGGUGAACCUGGCAUUUGUCAAGAAUGACUCGUAUGAGAAGGGGCCUGACUCAGUGGUGGUGCACGUGUACGUGAAGGAAAUCUGCAGGGACACCUCUCGAGUGCUUUUCCGCGAGCAGGACUUCACGCUUAUCUUCCAGACCAGGGACGGAAACUUCCUGAGGCUGCACCCGGGCUGCGGGCCCCACACUGUCUUCCGUUGGCAGGUGAAGCUCAGGAAUCUGAUUGAGCCAGAGCAGUGCACCUUCUGCUUCACGGCCUCUCGCAUCGACAUCUGCCUCCGGAAGCGGCAGAGUCAGCGCUGGGGGGGUCUGGAGGCCCCAGCUGCACGAGGUGCAGUGGGUGGUGCAAAGGUUGCCGUGCCGACAGGUCCAACCCCUCUGGAUUCAACCCCACCAGGAGGUGCUCCGCACCCCCUGACAGGCCAAGAGGAAGCCCGGGCUGUGGAGAAGGAGAAACCCAAGGCUCGAUCUGAGGACACAGGGCUGGAUGGUGUGGCAGCCCGAACCCCCGUGGAGCAUGGAGCCCCAAAGCCAGAGCCACAGUUGGCCUCGCCCAAGCCCACGUGUAUGGUGCCUCCAAUGCCCCACAGCCCCGUGAGCGGAGAUAGCGUGGAGGAGGAAGAGGAGGAGGAAAAGAAGGUGUGUCUGCCAGGCUUCACGGGCCUGGUCAACCUGGGCAACACGUGCUUCAUGAACAGCGUCAUCCAGUCUCUGUCCAACACUCGGGAGCUCCGGGACUUCUUCCAUGAUCGCUCCUUUGAGACCGAAAUCAACUACAACAACCCACUGGGGACAGGUGGGCGUCUAGCCAUCGGUUUUGCUGUGCUGCUCCGGGCACUGUGGAAGGGCACCCACCAUGCCUUCCAGCCUUCCAAAUUGAAGGCUAUUGUGGCAAGCAAGGCCAGCCAGUUCACAGGCUAUGCACAGCACGAUGCCCAGGAGUUCAUGGCUUUCCUGCUGGAUGGGCUUCACGAGGACCUGAACCGCAUUCAGAACAAGCCCUACACGGAGACAGUGGACUCCGAUGGGCGGCCUGACGAGGUGGUGGCUGAGGAAGCAUGGCAGAGACACAAGAUGAGGAAUGACUCUUUCAUCGUGGACCUGUUUCAGGGCCAGUACAAGUCGAAGCUGGUGUGCCCUGUGUGUGCCAAGGUCUCCAUCACCUUUGACCCGUUCCUCUACCUGCCGGUGCCCUUACCUCAGAAGCAAAAGGUCCUCCCUGUCUUCUAUUUUGCCCGGGAGCCCCACAGCAAGCCCAUCAAGUUCCUGGUGAGCAUCAGCAAAGAGAACUCCAGUGCAAGUGAAGUGUUGGACUCUCUCUCUCAGAGUGUCCAUGUGAAGCCUGAGAACCUGCGUCUGGCCGAGGUGAUUAAGAACCGUUUCCACCGUGUGUUCCUGCCCUCCCACUCACUGGACACUGUGUCCCCAUCAGAUGUGCUCCUGUGCUUUGAGCUGUUGUCCCCAGAGUUGGCUAAGGAGCGGGUGGUGGUGCUAGAGGUGCAGCAGCGCCCCCAGGUGCCCAGCAUCCCCAUCUCCAAGUGUGCAGCCUGCCAGCGGAAGCAGCAGUCCGAGGAUGAGAAGCUGAAACGCUGUACUCGGUGCUACCGCGUGGGCUACUGCAACCAGCUCUGCCAGAAAACCCAUUGGCCUGACCACAAGGGCCUCUGCCGCCCUGAGAACAUUGGCUACCCCUUCCUGGUCAGUGUGCCUGCCUCACGCCUCACUUAUGCACGUCUCGCUCAGUUGCUAGAGGGCUAUGCCCGGUAUUCUGUGAGUGUAUUCCAGCCACCCUUCCAGCCUGGCCGCAUGGCCUUGGAGUCCCAGGGCCCUGGCUGCACUACUUUGCACUCCAGUAGCUCUCUGGAGGCUGGGGACAGUGAGAGGGAUCCCAUUCAGCCGCCUGAACUCCAGAUGGUGACCCCAGUGGCUGAGGGGGACACGGUCCCCCGGGCAUGGGCAGUCCCUGAUCGGGGUCCUGUGCCCAGCACUAGUGGCAUUUCUUCCGAGAUGCUGGCCAGUGGGCCCAUUGAAGUUGGCUCCUUGCCUGUUGGUGAGAGGGCAUCCCGGCCGGAAGCGGCUGUGCCUGGGUACCAACACCCGAGUGAAGCCAUGAAUUCCCACACACCCCAGUUCUUAAUCUAUAAAAUCGACGCAUCCAACCGAGAGCAGCGGCUAGAGGAUAAAGGAGAUACCCCACUGGAACUGGGAGAUGACUGCAGCCUGGCUCUUGUCUGGCGGAACAACGAGCGCCUGCAGGAGUUUGUGUUGGUCGCUUCCAAGGAGCUGGAAUGUGCCGAGGAUCCCGGCUCUGCUGGUGAGGCUGCCCGCGCUGGCCACUUCACUCUGGACCAGUGCCUCAACCUCUUCACGCGGCCUGAAGUGCUGGCUCCAGAGGAGGCUUGGUAUUGCCCGCAGUGCAAACAACACCGCGAAGCCUCUAAGCAGCUGUUGCUGUGGCGCCUGCCAAACGUGCUCAUUGUGCAGCUCAAGCGCUUCUCCUUCCGCAGUUUCAUCUGGCGUGACAAGAUCAAUGACUUGGUGGAGUUCCCUGUUCGUAACCUGGACCUGAGCAAGUUCUGCAUCGGUCAGAAAGAGGAGCAGCUGCCCAGCUACGACCUGUAUGCUGUCAUCAACCACUAUGGAGGCAUGAUUGGCGGCCACUACACUGCUUGUGCACGUCUACCCAAUGACCGCAGCAGCCAGCGCAGCGACGUGGGCUGGCGCUUGUUUGAUGACAGCACGGUGACCACAGUAGACGAGAGCCAGGUCGUGACACGCUAUGCCUAUGUACUCUUCUACCGCCGGCGGAACUCUCCUGUGGAGAGGCCCCCCCGGGCAGGUCACUCUGAGCGCCACCCAGACCUAGGCCCUGCAGCUGAGGCUGCUGCCAGCCAGCCUCCAGCUUCCCUAUGCACAUGCCAGCCCAUAAACCCUCACUUGUGAUUGUCCCUGUAUUCUGAUGCACACUCAGGACAAGGCCUCUCCAGGCUAGCCAUGGCCUGGGGCGGCUGUCGCCCUCUCUGAGGUGAGCAUCUAUUUCUGCUGAGCCUUUGGGGUCUUCUCUUCCAUGGGGUGCCAUAGGCCUGGUUGGUGGGCAAAGCCACAUCUCUCUUCUAUACUAGUCUCCCCCUUGCUGUCCUCUCCUGCCUUGAGCCCCCUACACUGAGACUCAGAGAAAUCCUUCCAGAAGACAGUGGUCAGGAUCUGGACGUGGAUGGGAGGAGCCAGAAGAUUACUCAGGUUGCAGCUCUAUCCUCCAUGAUCCAGUCCCGUCUGUGGGAGGCCUGGGCUAAAAAACUGACUAGCUAGCCCCAGCCUGCCAUGUGAAGUUGCGUGUUGAUUGGAAGUCUUCUGGAGGCCAAAAUGCUGUCAAGAUUCACCUAUCCUGAUGCUCAGUCUAGACAAUCCUGCGAAUGGUCUACUUGGCUUCUGCCUGCUCACCUCCCUGCUGCUUAACCUAGGAUGUAGGGGCUUAGCGCCAGUCACCUUGGGUAGGAGUGUCAUGGCCGGGGGUCUCAGGGAUACUGGGUCACCCCCCACUUCCAUCCCCUGCUCUGGGUGCUGAUAGCCGUUUCCGCACA